AUGUCACGUAACAGAUGGGAGGAACUGAAGGCCAACUUGCACUUCAAUAACAAUGAUCACAUGCCAUUACAGAAUGAUCCAAACAAAGAUAGGCUAUUUAAAAUCCGCCCACUAGUUGAUGCUCUUCAAAACAAAUUCAAAAACAUUCCUAUUGAGGAACAAAUGCUCUGUGUUGAUGAACAGAUUGUGCCCUUCAAAGGCACAUCUUUACUAAAACAGUACAACCCGAUGAAACCCCACAAGUGGGGAUACAAACUGUUUGUACUUUGUGACAGCAAGGGUCUGAUUCACAAUUUUGAGAUCUACACUGGUCGCAUACUACCUGCUACUUCCCUACCUGACAUUGGAGCUAGUUCAAAUGUUGUUUUACGACUGGUUGAACACUUGCCUCGUAAUGAAAACAAAUUCUUAAUCUAUUUUGAUAACUGGUACUCAUCACCAGCUCUCUUAGUGACUCUAGCAAAUAUUGGUUUCCAAUCCCUCGGGACCAUUCGACUAGGACGAUUUCCAGGCUUGUUGUUUUCAUCUGACCAAGAAAUGAAAAAGAAAGGCCGUGGGUCUUAUGAGGAAAAAGAGGCAACAAUUGAUGGGGUAAAAAUUAGGGCUGUAAAAUGGUUAGACAAUCGAGGGGUGUCUCUUGCGUCAACUUUUGAGUCUGCUUGCCCUAUCAACACUGUGCAACGCUUUGACUCUAAAGGUCGUGAGCAGAUUGAUGUCACUUGCCCUAAAAUCGUUACAACAUACAAUAAGUUCAUGGGGGGAGUGGACCUUCUAGAUGGACUUAUCAGCUACUACCGAAUUAAUCUAAGAUCUCGGAAGUUUUAUUUGAGGUUUUUCUUCCACUUUGUUGACGUAAGUAUUGUCAAUGGAUGGCUUCUCUUCAGACGAGACUGUCAACAUAAUGGAAUUGCUAAGCAGGGAGUAAUGGAUUUGCUAGCUUUCCGGUGUGAGGUGGCCGAGUCUCUUUGUAACUUAGGAGCUGACCCAAUAAAAAGAGGAAGGCCAUCAACAGACAGGGUAGAGAACGAAUUUUCAAAGAAAAAGAAGAAAGGUCCAUGUGUCAAUAUCCCUAUACCAGAUGUUAGAAAAGAUGGAGUUGGACAUUGGCCAUCUGUUGUCGAAGAUAGGCAGAGAUGCAAGCAUCCCUUCUGCAAGCAGAAAUCAUCCAUUAUGUGUGAAAAGUGUAAAGUUCACCUCUGCCUAAACAAAGGAAAGAACUGUUUUGUGGAUUUCCACUUGUAA